AGCUCAACUAGCAACUAGUAGCAAUAGUAGAACCUGUUGCAUAACUUACCUCACUAAAACAACCGAAAACAAGAAUCAGCAACUAAUAUUUAUAAAUUUACACGCCAUGAUAAAAGUGCAAGUGAAUUGUUGACUUUCGAUCAUAUUCUCCUUCUCUCCGGGAAUCCGUCCUCGCCCUACUUCCAUCUUACCAGCCCACAACGUGCGCAAGUCGCGCACCGGGCACCAACCGCGCACACAACCGCUCGCAUGGUUCGCAGUUGGAGUAAGACCGGCGUCUCGUGUGUACGCCAACGCACUCGCAGCUAACAAAACACAACCAGAGACUGCACAAAACACAAGGAGAAAAAAGACGCGCGCCCGACGCGGGUGUUGACACAAAACAAAAGACAAUCGUGCAGUGUGCAUCUGUGAAAUAGUGUGCGGGUAACCACGAUGGCGGCGACGGUGGCGAUGCCGAUGCCCACCGCGUAUUAUGACGGCAGCCGGCUCUUCGCCGGCCUUGCGGAGUACAUUGGUGUUUCGGUUGAUCAGGUUAAUUUCGUGAUCAGUCAGUUUGUAGCAUUAGCUCUCGCAUCACUAUUCCGCACUGCAUUGCAUCCGUCGAAGACGCAGGCGGCCACACGCCAUGGAUUUGGCCUCAUCUUUGGACUCAUCAUCGGUUAUUUCUGCUUUGGAAUGCAGGCGAUUCACUUGGCAGGGUUGCCAUCAAUAUGUUAUAUUGUCAUACGCACCACAAAUCCGGAAAUUAUGCAAAGAAUGGUCCUGGCUGUAGCAUUGAUAUAUUUGUCCUGCAUACAUCUACAUCGACAAGUUUACGACUAUGGAUCAUACAGUUUAGAUAUAACAGGUCCAUUAAUGGUCGUCACACAAAAAGUAACAAGCCUUGCAUUCAGUAUACACGACGGCCUGUGUCGUAAAGACUCCGAAAUGACAAAAAAUCAACGCCAUUACGCCGUAAGACGAAUCCCCACCACGUUGGAAUACUUCAGCUUCGUCCUACAAUUUCCGUCUCUCAUGGCUGGUCCCGCAAUGUUCUACAAGGACUAUAUCGAUUUCAUCGACGGUAACAACUUUCACACGACAGCUAAUGGCAAACUGAAUAACAAUGCAGGUAAAACUGUUGUGCUGGAACCGUCGCCAUUACCAGCCGUCAUAAAAAAGGUCUCGAUGUCGUUGUUCUUUGCUGCUGCAUUCGUGAACUUCCUGCCGCAGUUCCACAUCGAGGGCGUGAAGGACGACGACUUUGUGGAGAACACCACACUGCUCUACAAGUUCUGGUAUCUUAGUAUGGCGACGAUGUUGGUUAGGUUUAAGUAUUACUUUGCGUGGUUGUUCGCCGACGCCAUUUGCAACAACUCAGGGAUUGGCUUCGCCGGCUAUGAUGCUAAUGGUGGAGCCAUGUGGGAUAAAUUCUCAAAUAUACAUAUUUUUAAAUUCGAGUUUGGAACAAGUUUGAAAGAGAGUAUCGAAGCGUGGAAUGUUGGGACCAAUCAAUGGCUGCGCAUGAUCGUCUACGAAAGAGUAGAUAAACACGCGACAAUGCUCACCUACGGAUUGUCUGCGUUGUGGCACGGCUUUUAUCCCGGCUACUACUUGACGUUCGCCAAUGGGGCUGUGUUCACUUUUGCUGCCAGAACGAUGAGGCGCACAAUCCGCCAUUACUUUACGGGCAACACCGAACUGAAAUUCAUCUACGACGUCCUCACAUUUAUGACUACGCGAUUUGUCAUGUCCUACAUCACAUUUACGUUUGUCCUGUUGGAAUUCUGGGGUGGAGUCAGAUUAUACUUACAUAUGUACCUGUGCCUUCACAUUGUAGCAUUAAUAGCUUUAUUCCUAGUGCCUCGUGUAGUGCCGAAAGCAAAACCGGGCGAUUCGACGCAACUAACGGCAAAUGGCAGCAUUGCCCACGUGCUGAAACAAGCGAGCCCCAUCACAAACAGCGUCUCCAACCACCACGACUGACCGAACACGAACCAUGUCACCUGUUAUCGCUUUCUAGAAGCAGUACCAAAUAACUUGUAGACUAACAAACUCAAAACAACUCACCAUCUGCAUACAAACUGAACCAAACUUCUGUAUCAAGUCGAUGAUGCGUUUUCUUUCAAUAUUUGAGAUUUUUUUUCGAAGAUUAACUUGUGGACUGCACGAAGUAAGCACAUCGAAUAGAAAUAAAUAUUAUAUACGUGAGAAUAACAUAUAUUACAUAUACAUAGCAUUUAUAUUCGUAUCUGGAGGCAGCCAACAGACAUUUUUGUGUAUAUGUCGUUCGGAUUUUGUACAAUUUUGGUAUUUUCAAGUUUUAUCCAAACAGGAAACUAUAUCGGAGCGCUUUUUUUAAUCUUUGAACCAUGAGAGAGAAAUAAAACUGUACAUUUUAGGAUUAACACUUAACAAAUAUUCUUCCAUUGGAAACUUUGUCUUCUUUUUUUGUAAUAUAAACGUAUCAACUAACAAGAGCUAAAAACUGAUAAGUAAUGCGUGUCGAAAGUGUUUGAUUGUUAAUGUUAAAUCAAUAAACAUGCAAUAAUAAGAGCAAUCAGCGAAUUUACCUUCAAUCACAAACUGGAAGCGAUUUUAUCAAUUUGAAGGUCUUUACCACGUCUUUAUUAAGUUUGUGAAGGUUGUGUAAACAUUGUAAACAUUAUAUGAAAAUGAUACGAUUGAUGUGUUGUCGUUUAUCAGACGUGAAGACUGAACUAAUGAACAUUUACGUGUUUCUGAUUGUUUUUAUUACAACGAGCAAGUUUAUUGUUCUUCUUUUCUAUGUAUUUCUUAUGAGCAUUCAUGCUGGUCAGUGUAUUCUAUUAUUCGAUAAAUUAUAUGUGAAAAAUCGGCUAUAGUUACUCAAAAUAAACAUUCAUUUUCA